CAGUUAUGACCUGUGGAGCUGCCUUGUUUCCUCCUCCCCGCGGUGAGUUUAAGGAGUUUCUCUUCGGGUCCGAGAAAGCGGCUCUGGCUCCCUCUGUCCCCGCAGCACAGGCUGAUAGACUGGAAUAAGAAAAAAAGAGUCUGAAAAAAGUUGGAGAAGAUAAAGUAUAUUUAGUCUUCAAACCAGAAAAGUAACAAAGUAGGAAAUGCACAAUUUUGAGGACGAGUUAACGUGUCCCAUUUGUUACAGUAUUUUUGAAGAUCCUCGUGUACUACCAUGCUCUCAUACAUUUUGUAGAAAUUGCUUGGAAAACGUUCUUCAGGCAUCUGGUAACUUUUAUAUAUGGAGACCCUUACGAAUUCCACUCAAGUGCCCUAAUUGCAGAACUAUUACUGAAAUUGCUUUAACCGGUAUUGAAUCUUUACCUGUUAACUUUGCAUUAAAGGCUAUUAUUGAAAAGUACCAGCAAGAAGACCAUCCAGAUAUUGUCACCUGUCCUGAUCAUUAUGGGCAACCAUUAAAUGUUUACUGUUUACUAGAUAAAAAGUUAGUUUGUGGUCAUUGUCUUACCAUAGGUCAACAUAAUGGCCAUCCUAUAGAUGAUCUUCAGAGUGCCUAUAUGAAAGAAAAGGACACGCCUCAAAAACUGCUCGAACAGUUAACUGACACACACUGGACAGAUCUUACUCAUCUUAUUGAAAAACUGCAAGAACAGAAGUCUUAUUCUGAGAAAAUGGUCCAAGGUGAUAAGGAAGUUGUACUCCAGUAUUUUAAGGAGCUUAGUGAUACAUUAGAACAGAAAAAAAGAAUUUUCCUAACUGCUCUCUGUGAUGUUGGCAAACUGAUUAAUCAAGAAUAUACACCACAGAUUGAAAGAAUGAAAGAAAUGAGAGUGCAGCAGCUUGAAUUAAUGACACUGACAACAUCUUUACAGAAAGAGUCUCCACUUAAAUUUCUUGAAAAAGUUGAUGAUAUCCGCCAACACGUGCACAUCUUGAAACAAAGACCACUUCCUGAGGUCCAACCUGUUGAAAUUUAUCCUCGAGUAAGCCAGAUAUUGAAAGAAGAUUGGAGUAGAACAGAAAUUGGACAAAUUAAGAAACUUCUCAUUCCUGAAAUGAAAAUUUCUUCAAAAAGGAUGCAAUGUUCCUGGCCUGAUAAGGAUGAAAAAGUGGAAUUUUUUAAGAUUCUAAACAUUGUUACAGUUACACUAAUUUCAGUGAUACUGAUGUUGAUCCUCUUUUUUAACCAACACAUAAUAGCCUUUUUAAAUGAAAUCUAUUCAGUAUGUUUUUCUGAAGUGUCUCUAUCUGUUUACCAAAGUUUAUCUAAUAGUAUAUAUGACUUAAAGAGUAUACUGUGUCACACUGUAUAUUUACUGAAAGAAUUCAUGUGGAAAAUAGUUUCUUGAAAAUUCAAAUCUGAAUCCUCCAAACAGGCUUCUCCUGUAGAGCAGAUUAAUAGCUAAAUGGAGAGAAACAGGGAUAGCACUGAUAAGUAGCAAACUAAACUUGACAGUUGCAACGAAUAUAAGCAUAUAAAAAUAUUCAAACCUUUCAUAUUUGUUGGAUAACAAUAUGUCAAAGUUAGAAAUAGAAGUGUGUAGUUGUCAGACACCUCAAAACUAGAAUAUAAUUACAUUUGUAUUAAUACAUUAUCCCAUUUUUACUGGCUUUGAGAGGUUGACUUAAUGUUGACGUGACAUUUAAGCAUUAUUACACCACUGUUGUCUUAGCAUUAUUAUAGAUACUGCAGUGGUUGCCUUUGCAGUUCUUUAUGUAUAUGUAGCUUUUAGAGUAAAAGUUAGCAAAAUCCUGAAUGUAUGUAUGCGUUUAUUUUGAUGUGGCUUAAAGCUUUUGAGUGGAUAAGGAUGGUGAGAAGAGGCUUUAAAUUCAAGCAUUUAAGUGUAAAAGUAGUAAGGGAUUGUUUAAAGAUGUUUUUGAUUAAAUAUAACUGAUCCAUACCUAAUGUGUUUUAGAUAGAUUUAAGAGCCCUAAAAUGUUUAUCAAUGUACAUUCCUAAUAAAGCAAUUGCUUUUGGAAAUCUAAGUGCUGUUAGGGAACAAACAUUUCCUAAUACUUGUCGUAUUUAGUGGUUUGUAUAAAUUUGUUUUUGGAUUGUG